AUGGAGCCAGUUGAUAUUCAAAAGUCGAGGGAAGGCAGAAAGUUUUUACCCGGUCCGGAGGAGGAGGAGUCUUGUGCAAACGGCAAGAUCUUGGUCAACGGUAAAUGUGCCUGCGACCCAGGCACGGAGAUAGAAUACGGAACAUGUGAGAAGGAAGAGUGCUCGUCUGGCCUAGAGACUGGAAAAUGCUAUGAGUUCACGGCUGAGAAUGGGGAGCGCCUAGUCCAUGCUGAUAAUGUUUGGGGAUACGCUGUUGGCGCAGAGUCCAAGACCCGGAGAUCUAGUAAAUUCAGGUUUUGCAAGGAUAAAGAAUGUGCUGCGGAGCAAUCUAUCAACCCUAGCGACAAGUUCUAUAUCCAAGAUGUCCAUGGUCACCCCCGGACGGGCAAGAACCCCAAUCAAUGGCUCAACAAUGCAUCUAAUGGAAGACAUAUCGCCAAGACUGACGACUUUUCCAAGGCUGGCAAGUUUUCCAUCUCGAAACGGCCAUGCGGCAAGUACAGCCUGGCCGGUUUCUCAGCUGGUCUCGGGAUUGCUUGUCCAGCGUCGGAUCCUUCCAUGAGCUUCUACGAGAACGACACUCAAGCAUGUAUGCGGUUUGAGAUCACCGAGAUUCCCUGUGAUAUCAGAGAGGAUCAAAACAACUGUAUCUGGAAGAACAGCCCAGAUCAGUGGUGUGGUGGAAAAGUGGACUGCAGCGCCGCCGAACUCUGA